AUGAAGUACUUCCCCGACCAGAGUCUGGAGCAGCUGUAUCACUUCAACUCGUGCGCAGUGGUCAGCAGCAGUCAUGCCCUGAUACAGCAUCGGUACGGGCCGGAAAUAGACCGACACGACUGCGUCCUGCGCUUCAACUGCGCGCCGACCAAACACUUCGAGCAACACGUGGGCAGCCGGACCGAUAUGCGUCUCAUCAACACCAAGAUUCCCAACAGAUAUUGCAAGAAGGAAUUUUUGAACGACAGCAUUGAAAUGUACAACCACGAAAUCGUCGUAGUCAGGCACAACAACGCUUAUCGUAUCAUCGAUCAAAAGCUCGACACCUCUGGGGACCGUUACAAGAGUUUGCCGAAGUACAUCAGCUACAUCAAGACUCAUGGUAACAGACAGCUUUUCAUCCAAUACCACGUGUUCGGGCCGGCUUUAACAAGAGACAUGAAGGACUUCUGUCGGGAUAACGGAAAGUGUGGAGAGAAGGAUAACUUGGGGAGCCCGAGUACAGGUGUAUUUGGUGUGCUGAUGAUGACUCGCCUGUGUAACUGGGUCUAUGUGUACGAGAUGGUGCCGUCAGACGUGGAGCCAGUCAAGUACCUGUAUUACUAUGACGAGGAGAAGACCUUCAAUGUCACCACGUACUUUCACCCGUUCACGGCUGAGCACCUGUACCUGACGCACCUGUCAGAGACGUCAUCGGAUGACGUCAGGAAGACGGGAGUCCUGUUGUUCCGGGGAGCGAACUGUACUGCGUAAUAUGAGUAACACUGAAAAAUUGAUAUUCGCCAUACAUAUGUUUGUAUAAACGGUACUACACAAUAUAAGGUGCACUGAAAAGGUGACUUUCCCCAUACGUUUAACAGACUUAGUAGCUAAACCUACACAAUCCUACAUUUUCACCAUUACAGAGAAGCUGGACUAAUAUGCCACACUACCGUACUUUUACGAAUAUGUGUUUUGUCUUUGGUCGGUUGGGCAAAAAUGUACAAUAAAGGUAAUCAUCUAUUCAUUCAUCCAUUCAUUCAUUAUUCGUUAAUUUUUUCAUUCAUUAAUUGGUCUUUAUCAUCUGGAUUUUACCUGGUACUACAUGUAUAUGUUGCACCUUGAUAUCAUCUGUAAGGUGUGUAAUAGAAAACUCUGACACACUUAGCAACUAGAAAAUUGAUAUGAUUAAUGCAAACAAGCCUUUUAUAAAAAAAUAAGACACAUUUUCUAUUUAUUAGCUGCAAAAAUUAGUACAUUUGUAUCAAAUUACUAUCCUACCAGCUUUGUUAUUCAAACACUACAUAAGUUAAUAUAUGGUAUAUGUUUAUAAAGGGACAUUAGUGUCAAUAAAUAGUCAAAUGGCUGUUAUCAAUGCAGUAAUGUUCUGGUCUGUUCUAAGUUUCAAGCUGUCAAUUGAAAACAAUACCACUACCCCUAUGAAACUGACAAAACAUGAUACAUGUACUAUAGAACAUUU